UGACAGGUGGAGGAGCCAUUGAUGCGGCCAGGGCAAGCUCGUUGGCUCCUCCGAUUGGCUGCUGUACGAGUUCGAGGCCUAAGUGACUCCUCCCUUGGUGGUGGGUCUUUAACAAGCAGGAAAUAUUUCCAUGAGCUUGGAAACUGCCUCUACAGAGUCCUCUACUGCAUGAAAGGAAAGAUGUAGAUAUUGUGGCUGUGCAGGCACCUGAUUUUGAAAGCUUGUACAGAUGGUGUAUGGAACUGGGUCAGCUCCAUCAGAGAACCCUGACUCGCAUCACAUUUACAUUUCGUUCUCUUGCAUAUGGGUCACUGGUGCUUGGACUCCUGUGAGCCUUUCCUCUGGUGCAUAAACGUCUACUGAAAUUCAUCUUCCAGUUUUCUUUGACAACAAUGAGGCGUGAUAGGCCACAAGAGCGGGCCGCCAGCUGGCCGGCAGAGCACAUCAAGGUGCUUCUUGCCCUCUGGACUGAGGCAGCGGUCACUCAUGAUCUGAGCUCUCAUGGGAGAAACCGUGCGGUCUAUGAUGGUAUUUCUCAACGCCUUGCAGAAAUGGGCAUUUACCGAACUGGGGACCAAUGCCGAGAAAAAAUGAAAGGCCUGAAAGUGGCCUACCGCAAAGCUAAAGAAAAUAACUUGGUGGGGCGGCCGCCCAUCAAGUGCCCAUUUUAUGAUGAGAUUGACCAGAUAAUGACACAAUAUAUAAACUGCAGGCCAGGCUUUCCUUCAGAGGUCGGUGAGGGGUCCAGCAUCAGUGCAGACAGACAGGAAGUCCUCUCUCUAUCUGAGCCCUGGGGAGCUCAAUCCAGCAUCUCUGAGCGUUGGGGUCCUCAAGCUUCUGGGCACUGGUUACCACCGGCUGCUGCCUCUGAAAGUCAAGGGACUGAUGAAUUCAGCUUUGUCCAGGCAGAGUCUCAGGAUGCCUUCAGUGAGAUCCAGGUCAUUCCAGUUCAGGUGAAGGAAGAGGAAUCAGAAGAUGAAAUAUCGCCUGAGCUUGAUGCCUCCUCUCCUAUAGUGAUGGAACCUGCACCAAGACAUCUCAUCUCUAUGCUUGAUCAACGUCCCCAUCUUCGAACCCGAAAGCAAAAAGCUCAGGGGGAAGGGCAGUCCAGCUACCAAAGGGGACAGCCCCAGAAAUACAGCCAUUCACAUCAGUUGGAGCUGCAGAAAAUGCAGAGACAGGUUGCCGGCCGGGCAGAGGAGAAGCAAAGUUUAGCAGAGUUCAUUGCACAUGAUAAAGACAUGCGCCGUGAGGAUAGAGAGUUCCAAACCCAGCUCUUUGAGAAGCUUUUCCAGAAACAAACUGAGCUUAUCCAGGCACUCACUCAGAGACCUCCUCCCAGUCCUACCUCUACUGCCUGCACCAAUGUUCUGCACAACUAUCAGGUGUCUACAAAGAUUGGAGUAGGAACAACACCAACUCCAGGUCCUGGCUCACAGCUACAAGCUUUAUUAGAACAAAUAAUGCAAGCUGAAGGAUCAGGGAAGGCCUUGACUAGACUUGCAGUGAAGGAAGCACUUGGAGGAGCAGUGAAGGUGCCCCCCGAAGUGCAGUACUGGACUGCUGAAGAGAUACUGAGGUGGCUGCUAUCUCAGCAAUCUCCUGGAGACCAAUGCCAAGAAUUGCCAACAGGCUCAAGACAGUUUCCUGUUGCAGGGCACAUAGGAACAAUUGGGAAAAGUGAUAAUCCAGAGGCACCUCUCUCUGUUAUGAAUCCAUUACAUGAGUCUUACCAAAAUUCAGAACUGGAAAAGAAAGACCAACUGCACAGCAAAGCACAGAAACUCUGUGGCAGCAGCUGCACUAAAGCAUUAGAAAUAGACAUAGAUUUAGAGACCCAGCGCCACAGUUUCAGGCAGUUCCGCUACCAGGAUGCAGAGGGACCCCAAGAGGUCUACAGGGGCUUGUGGCGCCUUUCCCACCAAUGGCUACGGCCAGAGGUUCAUACCAAAGAGCAGAUUAUGGAACUUCUGGUUGUUGAACAGUUUUUGAACAUUCUCCCCGAGGAGAUUCAGACCUUGGUUCGUGAAUGUCAGCCAGAAAAUGGCAAGGAGGCUGUGGCUCUAGCAGAAAGGUUUCAGCUUCACUUUGAGUCAAAGAGGCAGCGGGACCGGACACGAAUGACAUCUGAUGACAUAGGAACAGAUCCCUCCCACGAAGAACUAGAUGAGAAUCAGAGACAAUCCUGCAUCAAAGACAAUCAGGAGAAGCCUAGGAGGGUUGACUCUCAUGGUACAGAAGCUCACCUGCGGCUGAGGAAGAGGCCAAAGCCAGGUCCAAGGGAACGGGUUGUACCCAAACAGGAGGCAGAACAUGAAGAGGCAUCAACAAAGCAAAGGAAGCUGAUAAAUAACGUAGAAGAGCAGGAGGCAAUGGAUGCUAGUGAAAAAUUAAAGCAAAUGCCAAGUUAUGUGGCAGGAAAGCAAAGUGGGAAGGCAAAAGCUCGGGGGAGAUCUGUUCCAAAGUAUAAUGCUUCUGUCACUGGAGAGAAUCAGAUUGAUGGAGGAGCCAAAAUUGAUGGAAGUGGCAGAGUUUCAGAAGCUCUGAAUGGGAUACUCUUUCCUAAGCCAUUGAGUGAACAGAAGGGACCAGCUGAGCUUGGGCCUUCUCGAUUGGUUUUUGACAAGGUUGGCAAUGUUCCGGGUUCCCAACGUGAAAAUGAUGGCCACAUGUCUCCUGAGGUCGAUGGACCAUCACUCAGUGGCAGCAUUGACAUUUUAUUUGAUUCUCCCUGGAGCGGAAAUGGCAGUGGUGACACAACACAUGAUGGCCCAUCUGAUCCUAGGAUGCUACCAUCUUGUGCCAGCUGCACCAUGUUGAAGGCUGAGUUGGAUACUAUACGUGAAGAGCUCAGACUAACGCAAGCGUCCACACUGUAUGGGCUGAGUGGUACAUCUUUACAAGAUUUGUCAGAAGCUCUUGGCACUGUUGUGCACAUUCUCAACAGCAGGAAAUCCCUGUCAAACACCAAUGCGUCCCAGAAUAUCACUGACAUUCCCAGUAGGCCAGGGUGGCGAGACAGAAAUGUAAGUACUCCCCUAUUCUCUACCCCAUGCAUAAAGAAAACUUUCCUCUGUGUUAUUCAGCUAUGAUUUUUCCUUUUUCAAAAACAGGAAUAUAGUCACGUUUCUUCACAUUGCAGGCUGGUAAAAGGAGAAAGUACAAAAUCAAGGAUAUAUACUCGUUUUUACCAUUUUUACUGACAGGAUCUACAGCUUCUGCUUCAUUCCAGAGAAGCUAUCUAUAUAAGAGCUGGUAGUGUGGAAUUUUUCAGACCUAGUGAAUCUGACCUGACAAGGAGCUCAGUUUUCUCUUGGGUUUGCAUAGUGAUUAGGAGCUUGUGGUUAUCUUGAUAUUGUUGCAUAACUAGUCCCUGUGUGCUUCACAAUUGGAUAGGUGAUAGUUGUAGACAAUCUUCAGGAAGCCCACAUGUUGUCCAUAGUUGAUCUAGAAGACCCUAGAUCUUUAGUAUAAUAAGCACUCUUGGGCUACUUAAAUUGGUUGUCUUCCGCAGUGGGUAUAGGAAAACAUUUCUUUUGGGAACAAGCCAGGAGAGUUAGAUUCCCAAGAAAAUAUUCCAAUUUGCAGGCAAGAAAACUGGCAGUGUUAAAACAACAUACUAAACCAUCUGUUAUGGUUAACUUUAACAGUGGUUUGUGAGAAACAACUCAGUGUGAAACCAACAAGCUGCAUGAAAGCAAAAGUAGAAGGAAAUGCUUCUGAACUCUUUCCCACAGCUGCACCACAGAAGGAGGGAGGAAUGCAUGAACAGAGUCUCACUGCAUUUCACUCCAAGCCCACUACACUAUGAUUUUAUGGGACAAAUCACAGAAUACCUGUUGUUGAUUACAUAUGUGGGACUGAAGGAACCCAUUUAAACAGUAGAGAAUUGCUGGAAAAGAUGUUUGCUUUGAGAAAACAUUUUAACUGUGUUUCAUUUUAUUUAUUUAUUUUGUCUUCACUCCCAGAAUAUGUACAAAAUUCUUGCUUGUUUACUAAUUUUUUUAUCCUCUCUUUAGCACUUCUGAGACAUCACACAGGCUGAACAUAGCCCAACACCAAUAAAUUCAGCAGCAAUAUCAACACUAGGAUGCGGACUUAAUUUUAAAAAGAAGGAAACUGCUCUCAGUUCUUGGUUGUAUGAGACUUAUAACUUACUUUGCUACGUUUAUUCCCUACCCAUCCUCAUAGUGCAUCAUGCCGAUUGUUCAGAUUCCAAUGAACUCUGGAGCGGAUGCUGUUUUUGCCCACUGUAUGAGAAUUGUUGAUUAUUAUUACCUUGUCUUUUUAAACCUACCCUAUGUUUUGUUUUUUUUAUACACUAGUAGCUGUUUCUUCCCUUUCCUGCUUGGGUCUAAAUAAAGCUACUGGGAAUGA